AUGGAUUUUGAGGAAACUUUUGCCCCUGUUGCAAAAAUGACUACUGUUCGUGCUCUUAUAGCAGUUGCAUCUGCUCGUCAGUGGAAUAUAUCUCAGUUGGAUGUUAAAAAUGCUUUCUUGAAUGGUGAUUUACAUGAAAAGGUCUACAUGGUUCCUCCUCCUGGGGUCCCUCACAAUCAUGGAGAAGUUUGUAAGCUUCAGAAAGCUCUGUAUGGUCGUAUUCUCCUUUCCUUAUAUGUUAAUGAUAUGAUCAUUACUGGUGAUGAUAUAGAUGGAGUUGGAGUGCUAAAGUCUCAAUUAGCCUCCCAGUUUGAGAUGAAGGAUUUGGGUCCUCUUCGGUAUUUUCUAGGUAUUGCAGUUGCCUUCUCCCCUAAAGGCUAUCUUCUUUCUCAAUCAAAAUACACUUCUGACAUCAUUGAGUGUGCUCGUCUUACAGAUACAAAAGUAGUUUCCACUCCUUCUGAGCUCAAUCUUCAAUAUUCUUCUUCUGAUGGCACUCCCUUACAUGAUCCUGCUUUGUAUCGCACUAUUGUUGGCAGUUUGGUUUAUCUCACUAUCAUUCGCCCCGACAUUGCAAUUUGUUCUUCGUAUUUUGAGGUAUCUUCGGGGUACUAUAUUUCAAAGUCUUUGUUUCCCUCCACUUCUUCCUUGGAGCUUCGUGCAUACUCUGAUGCCGAUCAUGAUCAUGAUCCCACAAAUCAGAAGUUUGCUAUUGGUUUCUGUAUCUUUUUGGGUGAUUCUCUUAUUUCUUGGAAAAGUAAGAAACAAACUGUUGUCUCACAAUCUUCCACUGAAGCAGAGUACCGCGCUAUGUCAUCUACUACUAAAGAAAUUGUUUGGUUAAGAUGGUUUCUUGAAGAUAUGGGUGUUUUUCAUUCUAAACCCACUCCUAUGUAUUGUGACAAUCAAAGCGCCAUCCAGAUUGCUCACAAUUCUGUUUUUCAUGACCGCACGAAGAACAUUGAGAUUGAUUGUCAUUUUACUCCUCACCAUCUGAAGCUUGGCACUAUCACUUUUCCUUUUGUUCCUUCUUCUUUACAGAUAGUUGACUUCUUUACUAAGUUGCAUUCUGUUUCUCAUUUUCACUUUCUAAUAGGCAAACUCUCAAUGCUUAUUGCUGCUGCAUCGUGA